AGGAGCAAUAAAUACUGUAUAGUUUGUUGGCGCCAUCGUGUGGAAAAUGUGAAGAAACAAUUGUCAAAGAUCGUCUAUUUAAUAGAGACUGCACUGUGGUUGAGAUUAAAGAAAAAAAAUUCGCCAAAGUUUUACUUCAUUUUUAGACUUAGUAAAACAGAUCCUUAACAUUGUAUGUUGUUGUGUAUAUAUAUGUUUUAUUUAACAAAGGUAAAUGGCUAUUUAAAGUCAGUAUAAGCGAUCCUUACUGUUUUGUAGUUCUGUUACUUAAAAUAACGAGAGUGGUGCAAACGCCGUUAAAAGUCGUGGCUCUCUUUGCGGCUGAUUCAAACAUGGAGGAAAGUGAAAGGGAGAAUGACAACAUUGAAGAAACACCGGCUCGUUCCAACACUCUACCAGCACCGACACAUGAUUCGGACUCGGGCAACAAAGCCUGGGACGAUAAGUCCGCGGAAAUCGACGUGUGCUCGGAGAAUUUCGACCCACUGCGGGCGCUCUACGCUCCGUCCGUCCCGCUUCCCUUCCCCAACAUCAAGUGCUUCAACAACGUGGCCGAGUAUGAGGGCUUCCUCCGGGGAGGACGAGGCCGGGCCAAGCCGGAGAACGUGGAGAAGAAGCGGCUGAAGGCCAUGAAAGGUGUCGUGGAUCCAGAGCGGAUCGCGCGGCUGAAGAAACUGAUGGUGAACACGCCGGGGGAGGAGGGGGCGAGCAGCCGCAGCACGCCGCGCGCCCGCAGGCACAAGCCCCAGAAGAACGUCCUGACCAGGAUGCCCCUCUGCAAAGGCAGUCCGCUGGGUGAGCUGUACCGCUGUGUGGAGGAGAAAAUCCGCGUCAAAGUUCACAUCCGCACCUUCAAGGGCCUGAGAGGUGUGUGUUCGGGUUUCGUGGUGGCCUUCGACCGGUACUGGAACCUGGCCAUGGUGGACGUGGAUGAGACGUACAGAGAGCCUCUGUUUGGAGAAGCUUUGUACCACGAGAAGGCGCUCACUAUUUCACGGCUGUUUGAGAAGCUGAAGCUGCAGGAAAGCUCCGGAGCUGCGGAUCAGUCGGCCAGACGCGGAGACGACGGCAAAAAAGAAUCAAGUAAAAGCAGAGAGGAGCGAAGAGGAUCUUGUCAGAAGAGUGAGAGGAAAGAUUGUGAGGUCCACGGCAAAGUCCACACUCGGCACAUAAACCAGCUUUUCAUCCGUGGUGAGAACGUCGUGCUGGUCAAUCCUCAGCCUCUGUGACCUCAUUUUAGUUGGCUUUGAAGUUUAUAUCAUAUUGAUACUGAACUUUUUCAUUUGUUUUCCUUGAUAUCAAGGAAUAAAUGCUGAAAAAAACUG